AUGUCUGAACGAAAGGUGCUGAGCAAAUACUACCCGCCGGACUUCGAUCCGACGCGGGUCGGUCGGACGCGCGGGCUGAAGCAGGUUGGCCCAAAGGUGCAAACCGUGCGCCUCAUGGCGCCCUUUUCAAUGCAGUGCACAUCCUGCGGCGAGUAUCGCGGGCGCAAGUUCAACGCGCGGAAGGAGACGCCGCCCGACGAGCGCUACCUCAACAUCCAGCUGUACCGGUUCUACAUCCGCUGCACGCGGUGCUCGGCCGAGGUGGUGUUCCGGACGGACCCGCGGCGGCAGGACUACGUAGUCGAGAAGGGGGCCAAGCGCAACACGGAGCCGUGGCGUCGGGGCUUGGAGGAGGAGAUUGAGGAGAGCGACGAGGCGCGGCUCGACCGCAUCGAGCGCGAGAUGGCCGAGGCCGAGGGCCAGGAGGAGCGCAACGCCAUGGCCGAGCUCGAGUCCAAGACGGCCGACGCCAAGCGCGAGAUGGCCGUCGCCGACGCCCUCGACGAGAUCCGCAGCCGCAACGCCCGCCUCGAGCGCGCCAGCCGCGACGGCGUCGAGGUCGAGGUCGUCGUGCCCGAGGACGAGGAGCGCCGCCGCCAGGACGAGGAGGACGCCGCCGCCGCCCGCCGCGCCUUUGCCUUUGCCCGGACCCAGGAGAAGCUGGAGGAGCUCAUAUUGGACGACGUCGAGGAGGAGGACGAUGGUGGGCCGUUUGCAGGUGGUCCCUCAAGUCUCGUCAGCCCAGGCGCAAAUUCGAGUACCAACGGGGCCAGUGGCAGCACCCCGGUAACAAGCACAAAACCAGCCGCCUCAACAGUCUCGACAGAUAUGCCCCCGCCAAGCUUCAAGCGGCAGAUCAAGAAGAAAAAGGACCACUCUGCUUUAUUAGGCAUCAAGAAGAAGGGUGGGUAG